UCACCAUGUAUGAGAAAUUAAACACCGCAUUAAACGAGGGUUUUCACCUGAAUGGCAACACUGGCCACAUAACGUAUUUCCGGAAGAGACGUCUGAGCUGUCUUCUGCCUCUGUGUAAAGUUUAAUUCACAAGAUUACAGUACAGCCACAUCAUUUAAUGUAGUAAGCUUCGACGAAGCUACUGUAACAUGGUACUGUAUUAUGCUAUUUAACGUUAUCGAUGUCGGCAUGCAGCAAAUGCACCCAGUCAGGUCAAUGCGCCGCGCCACCUAUCUUUUACGCUUGUUCUCCAGCUGAUCUAAAAACCAAAACAGUCUCUACGUAAUCCCGCCCAGCGUUCCCAUGGCCACGGUGUGAGAGCGAGGCCGCUGGGAGAGCUCGGCGACGACGGGAGGCGGUAACUAGCUUGUAUUUUGAGCUGGUUAGCCGAUUGUCCCGGGCGUAUGUUGUCGGAUGAUUCAAAUGAGACGAAAUUCACACGUCACACGAUUUUUUUUUUACCUAAGCAACGUUAUAUUUCUAAGUAUUCGAAUUAGCUUCAUGUCCCGAAAGUGAAUUCGGAGAGGACGGCAUUUACUGGUUAAGCCCGAGAGGACUUCAGCCGUGUGGCAGGGCUGAAAGAUGUGUGAUGGGAUGGCGGCAUGGGAAACGCUAGGCUGGGGCGUGCGGCUGCCUGCUCUGGUUGCCGUGGCGCUGCAGCUGCUCCUCUUCCUUGGCACGCUCUCGACAGGCCAGGCAUCAGGCUGCUCCAGGCCCUCUACCGUGCAGCACGGCCGGUGGAACCUCACGGAGACCAACCGCGGCUCCCUCCCCGCAGGCACGGUGGUGCAGUACGGCUGCGAGCCCGGCUACACGCUGAGCGGCGAAGCCGUGGUCACUUGCACCGCCCCGGGCCACUGGGUCCCCAACCCGCCCCACUGCCUCAAAAACUAUGUCUGUCGUCCCCCGAGUGAGCCGGAGAACGGGGGCUACAUGUGCCACCCGUCGCCCUGCCACAGACUGACCGACGGCACCGUCAUCGAGUACUUCUGCGACGAGGGCUACACGUUGAAAGGCUACAGGUAUCACACCUGCAACAACGGCGACUGGGACUCGGCCACACCCAUCGUCUGUCACCUGGGACAAGGGAAGGAGGAGCGCUCUCCCCUGGCUAUGCCUGCCCUGUCCAUCGUGGUGACCACGGCGAGCACGGUGAUUCUCAUCCUGCUGCUGGUGGUCCUUGUCGUCCUGCUGCAGCCCAAGCUCAAGUCCUUCCACCAUAGCAGGCGUGAGCAGGGAGUAUCAGGCCAGCCUGCCUCCAUCAUAGUGGAGGGUGUGCAGGUCUCCCUGCCCUCCUACGAGGAGGCGGUGUAUGGGAGUGCUGGAGUGGCCCGCCCCCCCCCCGACUCCCGUGUGCAGAUUGUGCUCUCCGAGGGCCCGCAGUUGGAGGCCCACGCUGCGGAGCCCGGCCCAUCCAUGCUGGAACCUGCCCCCCCCCACUCCACCUCCUCCUCCUCCUCCUCCUCCUCCUCCUCCUCCUCCUCGCUCUCCCGCCACGAGACCGCACUGGUUCACCAGGUGCUGCCUUCGUCAUGGACGGCCGAGCUGGCUGGCGCGGCGGCCGCCUGCGGGCCCAGUAGCGACCAACACAGCCUGCUCUCGCUCACCUCCGCCGAGGAUUACGGCGACGAUAUUCCGUUGCUGAAGGAGGCCUGAGUCGGCUCCUGCUCUCCGCGGAUGAUCACCAGGACUGUGGCUCCUUAAGCUUCGUACCAAACAACCCCCCCCCCCCCCCCCCCCCCCCCACUGCUGCCAUACAGAACGCAAGAGGAACCAAAUGCCUGUAGAUCGCCCCAUGACUAAAAACUCUCUGGCCCACGGUGUCUGAGCUUCAGUGUUACCCCUAUGUGGUCUGUCAGCUCGUCUCACUAGAAGGCCCCGCUACUCAGAUACCCCCGUAAAUGGUUGCACAGAUGCUCUCUAAAUUAUAGGAGUAUGUAUAGUGUAUACAUAAUAGCAUUUCAGUUGUAAGCCCCCCCCCCCCGGUGUCCUGAUAAGCAUUUGCACUCAUAAAGGCUUACCUUGUCACAGUUGUGAGGAUUUGCUAAUUACAAAUGCGUUCAGUUUCUAUGCUGUGUAAGAGGUGAUGAAUGGAUGUUUCUGUGACCUCUGAAAAAAAAGGUGUUUGAUGGGCAAAUACCUGAUAAGCCGUACCCUUUUCAUUUUUUAUGCUGCAUGUUCUGUGCAUCUUAAUUUUUAAAUACACCCCCCCCCCCCCCCCCCCCAAUAACAUACACAUUAGAGAAAAAGCAUGCUGCAUAGCACCAUCUCCACACUUGAUGGGUCAGCCAGGGAUGAACAUAGUACUGUAUUCACAGACAUGCUUGUCUGUCUGUUUGCUACAAAGUGGAACUGUGUACGCACAUGUGUAUGUAAUAUGUAAUUAAAGAGGCCUCGAAAGUAUCAAGCUUUUUAAAAAAAUAAAUAAUACCUUAUUAUUUUUGAAUAAGUGAUGUCAUCCAAUCAGGAAUGUUUUGUCUGUCCAGGUAUAGGGAGAUGUACUUUAAAAAAACAACAAAAAAAGGUUUGCUCUUACAUUAAACAAAGACCCAGAACUCAAGAAAAUUUAAUCUCUGAAAGUGAGAAUGUGUUGUUGUUGACAGAAAACUGCAUCAGGCUGCACUAAGAGUGAUUACAUAUCAGAUGCGUGUCUUGCUUAAGGUUCGUUACCCCACCCGUUUGCAGCUUUUUAAACUUGUUUUUUGGCCAAUUCCAUACCAAGUGGAAUAACAUUUGAUUUGUGGAUGGUAAGCCAUCUUCUCAUGCUUUAUAAUAUUGUGUCUUGUUUUUACCUGGGUUCAGUAACAGAGCAGUGUCUUGGUAGUCUGAUGCUCUGUUUUCUUUGCUCAUUUGUGUAAACCCCUUUCCUCUUCUUUGAGUGGCUUACUGAAAGCGAAAUGGAACUGUCGCCUUAAGACUUGUGUAUUUCAUAAUUUUGUGAUUGUUUCUUCCAUCUCACAUGCUAUACAAUAUUGAUGUGUCUUCAGUUUACUGAUGGCCUUACAUUUUUACUUUCUAUGCAGGGUCUUGUGGAUUUUCAGAGCGGGGGGGUCCUUUUCUUUUUUGCAGAGGACAUUAAUGAACAACGUCCAUCAUUUUUGCUCUAAACCUUCCUCUCCAUCCAGUGACUGCACUAUGAACAAUACUGCACCUGUUCUAAUUUCUGUUCUUGCAGCUGUUGUAUUUAAAAAAAAAAAAAAAAAAAAAAAGUCCCUGGCGCCAUUGUAUGGUGUUAGCCAUGUUAUCAUACCCUUUUCAUUUUUUUUUUUCUCUGUACAUUGCAGUGGGUGUGAAGAUGAUAAUAUUUUAAUAUUUGUAUAAAGUUUAAUUUAAUUAUACAGUGUGUGUAUAUAACUAUUUCUAAUUAAAGCUUUCCUUGGAAGUGC